AUGGUCGUCGACGUAGGAUACGCACCAACUGGCCUACCGUACACCAAGCCCAGAAGCCCUGUCAUAAUGAAGUCGACCAAGUCUCGAGGCAUUAUGCAUUCGGUGUUCGAACGUGGUACCGUAAGACUGAUCUGCGAUGAUGAUUUCAGAAAGUUUAGGGUAAUUUUUAUCGUUUUCUUUGUUUUUUACAUUUUUGAAUUUCCUUUGUUACCUAAACGUCCAGUGCAAUAUAAAUCAAUUUUAUUAGCCUAAAACAAUAUAAAAUGACUAUAACUUAAAAAAAUAGAUCUAAAAUAACACUAAAAUCUUCAGGGAGUCCUAAUCAAUGAAUACGAAGACUCCUUCGCCCUGUACGGUGUUAUCAGAGGCUCAGAAGAACCAUCGACUAGUCAAGAGUGUCCCAUGAACAUCACCAUUGUUGAUUGUGAGACUGCGGACAAGUACGAGUUGUUGAAUGUGAAUGUCAAAUUGGAAGUCUUUCAACAUCCAGUCACGCUGGCCGAACAUACUGUGAUCAAGAUCGACCAUCCGGCUUUGAAAUUCGAAACUACAGAAGUUUUGAUCGGAAACAAGUAAGGAUUCUUGAGUUUUGAGGGCUUAUAGACGUUGGUCUUUGAGUUUAAUGUGUCGUAUAUGAUAGUGUGUGGGUUAAGCUAGAUUGAUAUAGCUGGGUCUUGCCAUUACAUCUAAAAUUGGGCUAAAACACUAUUUUUUAAAUAAAAAUUGCGAUAACACCAUUACUUUCAGAGCCGACGUCGCGAUUCACCGCUACAUUGAUCCGAAGUACUCGGAAGCCGACAAAAAGGUACUAGUCGGCCAAAUGGUACUCAAAGUUGUGGCUCAAGAGCGCACAGCACCAACCAGCAGACGUCUUUCCGAAUGCAUCUCACCCAGCUGCACGGAGGAGGUGAUCGAACAAACCAAUGACUUUCUUGCCUAG